UCACUUUAGGGAACAGCAUGGGCUCUUGCCUGCUGUGAUCGCCUCAAAGAAAGAGCAGAGGACAAGGCUGAAGAGGCACCUGGAUCAAGGACUGAUAAAGAAUAUGGCUGUUGCUCCUAAAUUCUACAAGCAUGGCAAGAAGCUGGCUGGUGUAGCAGAAAGCCGCAAUGGGCAGGAGAGCACUGUGCACAAGAGGGAGGCCAGGUCCCACAAAGUUCCACAGGAGUGUGAACUGAAAAUUAAAAUUAAAGGCUGGGUACCCAAAUUCCUACUAUUGUCUCUACUCUGGCAGGGAAGUUCUCAGGGAACUCAUAUGCCUAGCCAGCAGAGAGAAUGGGCAAUUCUGCCCCAUGUUCCAGUGAAAUUGGAGCAGCAACCAGCGAUUUCUUUUUCCUGGGCACCUCGUGAUCCAUCUGUCAGGCCCAAAAGAUUUUCAAGUGCGACCCUGCAACCCAGUGCUACCCCUGGCCCUCUUCUUCUGCAGCCACAGGUCCCUAAUGCCACCAAGCAGGAUUCUGUUGUUGCUCUCUUAGAGUGGCAGAGGAAGCUGGAGGCCGCAGAGGCCCUGUUGGCCCUGAAAAACUCUUCUCAGGAUCCUUGUGAUUCUGCCUCUCUGCAACAUCGUGGCAGCAUGCCAGGUAGUGAUGGAGAGAGAGGACCACAGUCUCCUAGUUCCUGCCUGCCACCAAAGCCUGCCAGCUCUGUCUCACUUUCUGGACAUCUGGAGUGCAUGUCCUACUUGACCUGAGAGCCGGGAGUAGGAGGCCUCUCUAGAGCACUGCCUGUGUGGUAUCCUGUUUCAUGUCUAAAAUGACUAACAUUUGUAAAUUGUUUAUUUUUGAAACAAGUUCUCAUGUAGCCAGCCUGGCCUCGGAUUCAGUAUAUAGUUGACAAUGACUUUGAACUCCCAAUCCUUCUGCCUCCACCUCCCAAGUGCUGGGACUACAGGCAUGUACCACCAUGCCUGCCUUUUUAAAAUUAUUAUUUUAAGUGUUAAAGAAUUUUAUAAACUUUCAGGCCUUUUUAUGAUAUAGGGAGUCUACUUGACUGAAGAUUGAUGUUGAACUAUAUCCAUUAUUUCUUUGGAAUAAUGGUUUUUUAUGAUUCUUACAAAACCAGUAUUUUGUUAUCCAAUGUGAUCGAUCAAUGGGAUUCUGAGUGGGUUUGCAUCUCAGCGUUUUCAUUUGUCCUGUGAUUGUAUAUGCACUGGCACACGCCUGUUUGUAAUCAUCCAUGUGGAAUCCUGAAGAUUUGUCACUGUGUCUAGGCAUAUGUGUGUGUGAAAAAAUAAUAAUAAACAUGAUGUAGGCACUGAACAACACGAGCUGUUUUUAAAUAGUGUCAGACAAAUAUCACAGAGGAUUGUUUACCUUCACCAAGCCCCAAGUGAACAAAUACUUUAGUUUUUUAAAUUAAUUAUUGGGUGAAAUUUCAAAACUUGAUGCUGCAGACAUCAGUCACAUGGCCUUCCCAAAAAUGGCCAUAAUAAUUUGUUACCCAGAGUAAUACAUCAGGUAAUUGAUAGGAAUUAUAGGAACACUUUUUUUUAGAAGCCAAAUAAUCUUUUAAUUUAUAAAACAUUUCCAUUUUAUUUUGUUUAUUUUCUUCUUCUUCUCCUUCUUC